GGCAGCAUGUGCAUUCACCAGCAUUGUUGGGGGCCGGGGACUGUUGGAAUCGUUGGUGACCAGAUGCUGUUCUGACUGUGCCUGCUGUUGGAUGAUGCAGUCUUUGGGAGGAAAUCGCACUGCGGUGAAGUGAGGGAGUGUCAGCGUUGAGGUCAUGGGGACAGAAAUUGAGGUGCAGAGGACAUAGUUCUUGAUCGAUGUAGAGGAAGUGCCACAGACAGACAGGCAGCAACCGAUCCGUCACAGAAACCUGUGCCGCUGGGUGGAAGACAUACCAAGAAAAUAAGCACAGAACAGAUCAAAACCAUGUGGCUCCCGGCGAGCCCCGUAGGGCUGAAGAGCAAUCUCUGUCACACCACACGGCAGCUCUUUGCUCGUGUGCCGCACAAUAUUUUCUUCCUUCAGGAUUCUCGGUUUUUCGGGUGGUGAGGGAUAGCCGAGGAGGGGCCCCCAACUACAAGGCACAGCACCACAGAAAGGCAGUUUUAUUCACUCGGAUAUCGGGGCUAGCAUCGGCAUUCAAUCACUUCCCGCACCGACUCCAGGUUCAGCGGCGCAUACCGCGGCAGGACACGACUGCGGAUAUGUCUUGCGAUGAAAAGCCACAUGGGAUUGAAAGCACAUGCUUGGUACGAAUCAUUGCCCAUCCCGACACACCCACCAGAUUGCCGACACAUCCAGAUCUAGUUAGGCACUUGCAUAUCACACUCAUCCUUUGCCUGGCAACAUGGGCGCCACAGACAUCGAGUAUGGACAACCCCGACGUGGCUCGGCCAUUGAAGAAUGUUAGUGGAGGUAGAGGGGGAUGCCUGCUUGGGGUUGGAGGUCUAAGCCAACACCAAGAGCUCCCUGGAGGGAUACGUACGUUGCCCGGUCUCACGGAGGUACCUAGCAGGUUGGAGGAUUACCUGGUGGGUGUACAAGCCUCCUUGGUGCUACUAAUUAAGGUAUACUAACUCUAAGACAGGCCGUCAUCCAUAACAUGGAGCUGUUCCUCGUUUCUCCCCUGGGUCUGUUGUGCCUGGGUUCCAGCAUUUCUCUAGAUACCAGCAUAGUCACCAAAGAUGGCCUCCCUACUCCUACCAUCCCCUCAGCUUCCCCGUCUAGCCAACCUCCUCACAAGCUCAAUACUCCUCCACCUCCUCAUCGUCCUCCUUCUCCUAAGUCUCGCCUACCGUGUCCACCGCUGGCAUAAACUCCGUCAUGUCCCUGGCCCCUUCCUAGCAGGAUGGACCUCCCUCUGGCUCACCCGCGGCUUCAUCAGCUACAAAGUCUACGAAGACAUGCACGCCCUCACCAAGAAAUAUGGUCCUGUCGUCCGUGUAGCUCCAAACAAGGUGAUCAUCAACAACAUUGACUCCAUCUACCGCAUCACCAGCGCGCGGUCAGAGUACAAAAAGAGUGACUGGUACCUCCUCGCACGGGUGAUGCCGGGGGCGGAUAAUCUCCUCUCAAUGAGAGAUCCAAAGCUGAGAGCCAAGAGGUUGAGACAUGUCCUCCCAGCAUUCUCGGGCAAAAACCAAGACGACUUCGAACCCGCCGUUGACAAAACCAUCUCCACCCUCCUCGACCUCAUCAACACCAAAUACCUCUCAUCCCCCUCCCAACACCGCCUCAUGAACCUGGCCCAGAAAUCCCACUUCUACACCUUGGACUCGUUCGGUGAAAUAGCCUACAGCCAGUCCUUCGGCUCCCUGGACACCGACAGCGACGUCCUCGGCAUCGUCAAAACAGGCGACGUGACCUUCCCUCUGCUCAGCGCGGUGCACAACCACCACAAGAUCUUCCAGACGAUUCAAAAAUGGCCUUUUUACUACCUCCUACCCAGGGAAGGGGACAAAGUCGGUUUCGGGAGGGUGUUUGGCCUGGCGCUGGAGAUUGUGAACAAGAGGUCGAGGGAGGUUGGGGAGGAGGGAGUGGAUAAAAAGAGGGAUAUGCUGCAGAGCAUGAUGGACAAUGGGCUGGAGGGGGAUGAGCUGAGGAGUGAGGUUGCCAUGUCUUUUUUUGUCGGGUCGGACACGGUUGCAUCUGCCAUCAGAAUGACGAUGUUGUUGCUCAUGACACACCCCGCUGUGUAUAGGCGUUUACAAGAGCAAAUCGACGACGCCGCAGAGAAGGGCAAAAUCAGCCGGCCGGUGACGAACGAUGAGGCAAAGAGGCAUCUUCCGUACAUGCAGGCUGUGAUUCAAGAGUCACUCCGGUUAUUCCCCCCCUCGUCAAUCGUCCCGUUUUUCAAGGAGGUCCCUGAGACGGGGGAUACAGUCGACGGGUACUACCUCCCCAAGGGAACCACCAUCGGCACAGGGUGUGUCAUGUGGAGUAUGAACCGCGACGAAGACUUCUGGGGUCCGGAUGCGAACCUCUUCCGACCGGAGAGGUGGCUUGAAGCGAACGAGGAGAGACGGACCGAGAUGGAACGGUGUGUGGAUUUGAUCUUUGGGAGUGGCAAGUUUGUCUGUGCUGGGAAGAAGAUUGCGUUUAUGCAGAUGUACAAGUUGUUUCCCGAGUUACUGAGAGGGUAUAACUGGUCUCUGCCAGAUCCGUUGCACCUGCCAACGAUUGAUAACCCUACCAUCUGGGAUAUCCACGGGUUGAUGGUGCGGAUAGAGAAGAGGUAGAGCAACGGUGGGCUCUCUCGGACAAAGAUUUCUCGUCAGCAGGACGCACACCAGGCGCGUUUGGGGAGGGGGAGCAAUUCACAAAUUCGGAUACCUUGAAUCUGAAACAAUCCAGACGGCGCAGGAAAUUCC